AUGACCCAAGAUAGCUCUGAUUUUUUUAUCCUGUUUAAAGAAGUUCCAUGGAUGAUUGUCUUCAUCUGUGAAGCAGCGCUAAUUCUUACAGAAAAUGUCAUGACCAUUUUAAUCUUCUGGGGUAUGCGCAAGAGACUUAAGCGAACAAGUUACCUACUCAUCAAUCUUGCCGUAGCGGACUUUUUUGUGGGGAUCGGGCUUUCUAUGUUUAUUGGCACUGAUAUUGCAAGGACUUUAAAGAGAAAUAUUCCCGACAGUUUGGAGAUAACCCUGAUUAUAAUAGACCUCAGCGCGACACUGUCUUCCGUAACGUCGUUGGCCUUAAUUUCUUUGGAAAGAAUGUUCGCUAUUUUGUGGCCUUUCCGCCAUAGGCUUUUGAAGACACGGUACUUCUAUGUCUCCAUUGGUGUCGUUUGGCUUAUUUCAGUUUCAAAUGGUGUCUCAACGCUUUCUUCUCGCACAGGCUACAACAUUUUCACCGCUGGGUCAUUCAUCAUAGCCGUCACGGUCAUUUCUGCAGCCUAUUCUGCCAUUUGGAUGCAAUCAAAGCUACGCAGUCGCGUGCCGUCGAGCCGCGAGAAAUCCAGCAACAUGAGACAAAACAAAAGGCUUGCCAACACUCUUUUUGUUGUAACCGCCUUGUCGCUGAUGACUUGUUUACCAUAUGGCAUCACCAUUGCUUUAAACGACGACUUUCUCGAGAACUUGUAUUCUUUCAGAGUUCAAUUCACUUUAGUGGUGAUGUACGCCAAUUCGUUUCUGAAUCCAAUUGUGUAUUGCUUCAGAAUGCCAGCCUUUAAAGCUUCUCUGAAAAAAAUAUUUUGUCACUGCACUUGUCCAGGCUCGCGGAAUAGGUUUGCAAUCGAGAAAAGUUACCAAUCGUCCGGAAAUGCAGCCAGUUUGAAAUCUAUUAAGACUACAAUCGAAAUACUUUAG